ACUAGUACUUCCGGAGACCAGAACGUAACGUCAGCUUCUCCGUACACAUUGCGGAAGUGCCAUUCGUGGUGAUCGUGAACAAAACAAAGCAGCACCUAGGGACAUCGGCUAGACGUGAGCAGCGGUUGCGUACCGCAAUCUGAUGAUGAUGGCUGCGCCAGGGGGUCAUGGUGUGCCAUACAAUGGUAGCGGCUCUCAUCCCCCUCAUGCGGCCCUGUUUCCUGGUCCUGGCGGGGGAGCACCACCCAGAUCAGCGCCCCCCCACCUGCCCCACCCUUCACUAUCCCAAGGGGACAGUUGGAAUGUAGGGAAGGCUGCACAAGGUUACAUUGGUGGUCAACAUGUGGGGCCUCCAUCUUCCUCCCAACCGAUGUCUGUGCAAGGCGGACAAAAGCCCUUUCCAAAUGGGCCCAGCUCUGUGAAUGGAGGCACAGGCUCGCAGUACUCUAACGGUCCUGUACCUGGAGGGGGCCUUAGUGGACCUCCAACGAUGCGUCCAAUUCCACACCAAGUGCCUUUGUUCACAGGUCCUCCACCUGGACCUCCAACACUGACGGGCAGCAGGCUACCACCACCUCCACCGGCAUCUGAAAGCUGGUCAACGACAGGGCCUCCACCUGUUUCUGGUGCCUCUCUACAAGCUCCUCGUGGCUACGCAAGUGCCUCUGUUCUGUCUGGAACACCCAAUGUGUCAGAGCCCACUUCUGCCAAGUCUUCGAGAAAUGCCUCUCCAAUACCAGCUCAACGCUACGAUAACAUGGAGGGGCAGUUCGUGUCACCCGGGCAGAGCCAAGCUGGUCAGGGAAUGAACAGCUUCCCUGCGCAACAAGGGCCUCCCGUGACUUCAGCACCAGUAAGGGCUACAAGACAGUAUCCGACUGGCCCAGUUCCUUCAACUGUGGCUGGUGCUCCGCCUCCGGUGAUGGCCCAUCAGACUUUGCCAAAGGGUCCUGUGCCACAUCCGCCUCAAAUGCCUCAUCAACAGCAGUACGUCCCUCCUGCUGCCUCGUUCCUUGGAUAUGGACCGCCUCCAACAAGCGCUCCAGGAACACGGUACCCAUCAGCUUUGCAAGGACCCCCUCCACCUCCGUCAUCUUUGCAAGGCUUGCCAACUGCCCAGCAGGCACAGAGUACUGGCCCUGUGCCGCCCACUUCUCAGGUUGUGCCACCUCCGUCAGCACCAGGUCCAACGCAGAGCAGCAUUGCUCAGUUUCAGCGAUACCCUCAGCAGCUUGGCUACAAUCAGCCGGGUCCCUUCGCCUCUCCUAGUCUCCAAAAUAUUCCUCCGCCUCCAGCAUCCGGCAAUGGCAGCACUGGAACACCUUAUGCCCCACAUGGUCGAGUUGCUAACCUUGAGCCUCCCCCUGGCGGCGUAACCGGUUAUGACCCCGAACUGCAUUCACGCAUGGCUGGUAUGAGCGUGAAUUCCAGUUUCAACAAGCUGUGGGGCAGUGAGCCGUACAACUUAUUACAAGACCGAAACGUUUUACCGAAGAUGCACGAGGAUCCUCCCAAGCCAAUAUUGCCUCGUGAAGGUGCCAACUGUUCAUCCGAGAUUUUUAGGUGCACCUUGACGAAAAUCCCUGAAACUCAGUCCUUAUUACAGAAGGCACGACUACCUCUAGGGAUUUUGAUUCAUCCAUUUCGGGAUGUCAGUCACCUUCCGGUGAUACAGACAAGUACGAUAGUGCGAUGUCGCUCCUGUCGCACAUACAUCAACCCUUAUGUACAGUUUGUGGAGCAGCAGAGGUGGAAAUGCAACAUAUGCUUUAGGUUCAAUGUUUUACCGGAUGAUUUUAUGUACGACCCUGUGUCGCGAAAGUAUGGGGAGCCGGAAAGAAGGCCGGAGAUACAGAAUGCAACCGUAGAGUUCAUUGCGCCAUCAGAAUACAUGCUGAGGCCUCCACAGCCAGCUGUGUAUUUGUUUGUUCUAGAUGUGUCCCAUGGAGCUGUACAAACAGGCUACCUUGACUCAUUUUGUAAAAUAAUGCUUGAAGAACUCAAUAACCUGCCAGGUGACAGUAGAACCCAAGUGGGAUUCAUCACUUUUGACUCGUCUGUUCACUUUUAUAACCUCGGAGAAGGAAUGUCAGUUCCAGAAAUGCUUCUUGUAUCGGACAUUGAUGAAGUAUUCCUUCCUUCACCAGACAGUCUGUUGGUGAACAUUCACGAAUGUAAGACGCUUGUACAAUAUCUCCUGGAGAGCCUACCUACCACUCAUUCUCAAAAUGGGGAAACUGCUAGUGCUCUGGGGGCUGCAGUCCAGGCAGCAUACAAGCUCGUUAGCUCAAUAGGUGGGAGAGUGUCCGUCUUUCAAACGUGCCUUCCAACAGUGGGUCCAGGUAGUCUAAAACCAAGGGAGGAUCCGAACCAGAGGGCAGGCAAGGAAAUUGCGAAUCUGUUGCCUGGUACAGACUUCUACAAGAAACUGGCCUUGGAUUGCUCCGGCCAGCAGGUUGCCGUAGACCUGUUCCUCCUUGGUUCUCAGUACAUGGACGUUGCAAGUAUAGCGUGCAUCUCCAAGUAUUCCGCUGGCUGCGUCUACUACUACCCCGGGUUUCACAGUGGCCUCAAUAAACCGCAGGUGGAGAAGUUUGAAAUGGAACUCCGCUAUUAUGUCACGCGGAAGAUUGGAUUCGAAGCAGUUAUGAGGAUACGGUGUACAAAAGGGCUUGCCAUGCAUACGUUCCACGGGAACUUCUUUGUGCGGUCAACGGACCUUCUCUCGUUGCCCAACAUCAACCCAGAUGCAGGGUUUAGCAUGCAGCUGGCGAUAGAAGAAAGCCUCACCGAAUGCAAUGUUGCCAGCUUCCAGGCAGCUGUUUUGUAUACAUCUAGCCAAGGUGAAAGGAGAAUUCGUGUCCAUACCCUGAGCCUUCCUGUGACUGCCCUGGUUCAAGAUGUUCUAAGUUCAGUUGACCAGGAGGCAGUGGUUGGCUUGCUCUGUAAAAUGGCUGUGGACCGGAGCCUUUCAUCCUCGGUACUGGAUGCAAGAGAUGCUAUGAUCAACGCCUGCUUGGAUCUGAUUCAAGCCUUCCAGUUGACCCUUCCUUCUGGUCAGGCUGCUGUGGGUGGUCUACCCAUCCCUUACUGUGCCAGACUACUUCCCCUGUACAUGUUAGCCCUCACUAAGCAUACAGCAUUCCGGAUUGGUGUUAGUACGAAGUUGGAUGACAGAGUCUUUGCAAUGGAGCAGAUGAAGACUAUGCCUCUGUCCUACUUAAUGACAUACAUCUACCCAGCAAUGUACCCAGUACACAUGUUAAAUGAUCAGAACGCUAUUCAGGCUGAGGACGGGACCUUAAUACCGCAGCCCCCACGAUUGCAGCUUACUUUCGAGAAAGUGGAUCGACACGGUUGCUAUCUCUUGGACACGGUGGACCGCAUGUACCUCUACGUAGGGCGCGCUGUCAGUGACCAUUUCUGCAUGAACGUUCUAGGUGUCCCACAGUUCGCUGCAAUACCUGAGGAUAUGAUGGAACUCCCGGAGCUUGAUACGCCAGAAUCUGAACUAGUGCGAAGCUUUGUGUUGUGGGUGCUCUCCCAACGACCCUACUACAGUCCACUUCGUGUCAUAAGGGAGGACAGCAAGGAGCGACACCUGUUUGUGCAACACCUUGUGGACGAUAGAACUGAAUCAGCACUUUCGUAUUACGAGUUUCUGCAGCACCUCAAGCAACAGCUAAGCAAAUGAAGCCAGUGAUUGGUGCGAAAAUAUUUGUGGAAAGACUAGGUAUGAACUUGCACGUGAGCACUGUGCACAGUGAGGCAAAUGCUGAAUUCCGUCUUCGUACUGGAUGAUGGACUUGGAACACGUCAAAGUCACUCGGAUGUGUGCCCCAGAUGCGUACUGUGAGAGGACACCGUUUUAUACAGAAGAAAGGGGAACUAAGGGGGGGAGGGGGGAUGUCACUUUCAUAACUCUAACUUUUGCCCCGUGUACUCAUUCUUUUGUAGAGCUGUGGCAGCCGUUACCAAUGAACUAUGUGAUGGUUUCUUCGAAGACACAUACAGAAAUGUCACUUUUCACUCCUCUCUUUCUUUAUUAUAUUCGUGAAUGUUCCAAAAGUGCACGCGAAAAUGCACGCGGUGUUGCGCUUGGAUCCCCUCACUCUGAUUUCUCUCUUUCAGGUUCAUGUGCAGCAUUGCUUGUUUGCUGAAUUGUGGUCGGAUUUUGACUAGUUUGAGGUGGUGGGCAUGCAAAAUUUUUUUCAUCUUGCACUGUUACAGCGGGCCAGCGAAGUGGCAUCUACUGAAUAACCUGUAACCAGAGGAACCUUCUGGCCUUUAGUAAUACAGAUUUGAAAGGCACGACGAGAAAAUGUUACCGUUUGCUUUUGCGAGAGCUGUGAAGUGUACAUAAUUUAGGUAUAUAUAUAUACAUACUGUUCAAUAAUUUUCUCUUUGAUAGGAGGAAAGCAUUUUAAAAUUACAUGAUGUGAAGAUUAAAGUAUCCACAAAAUGUG